AUGAAAAUAUGCAUCAACGGCAAAGUGUAUUAUGGUGCUUGGACCCCUAAAGUUCGCAUGAAUCCAGUGAUUGUUUGUUUUGACGUUAGGUCCGAGGAGAUAACUUUUAUCAAAGCACCUAUUGAUGUCGUGUUCUGGUAUUCCGAAUCGGUUUUGAUGGAAUACAAAGGGAAGCUAGCUUCCAUUGUAAGAAACCCUUUUAAUCGUUUCGAUAGGUUUGAUUUUUGGGUGCUAGAGGACGUCGAGAAGCAUGCAUGGUCAAAGCAAGAAUGUGUAUUUCCCCUCUCUAUGUGGGAUUCUGUUUGGGGUUUGAAAAUGUCUUUUCCAGGCACCAACAAAUCUGGUGGCGAUGAGAUCAUUUUAGCCCCAAGAUACUUGUCACGCCAACUUGGACCCUAUUACAUUUUCUUCUACCAUUUAGGAACCAACAACAUCAGAAUAGUUAGGGUCCAUGGGAUUGCAGAUGAUGAAGAGUUUAGGCGCUCUUAUGGCUUUGAAAACACUAAGGCAACCGAUUAUUGGACUAGAAGGAGGGGCCUGAUUUAUGCAAGGAAAGGGCAAGAAACCUGGGAGAGAAGGCCAAACCGGUACCGGAAAACUAGGCUUGUCAAGAUCGGGAAAUGUGGCGGUGUUGGGAGCAGAGGCAGAUUAGGCGGAGGCGCUGCGACUGUUUCUUGGAAAGACGGAAAGUCAAGGUCGCGGGAUGGUGAAUUACAACAGGAAGAUGUUAACACGACGACCCACCUUAAGCCAUCUCUUUCUCCUACUUCACAUCCCCGUCGUCUCUUAGAGAAUAACUUACGUUACUGGGCGGCUGAUAUCCUCUCCACCGUCGACAACCAGCACAGAAUCUCUCUCUCCGCCACUAUAUUCAAUCCUAACGAUUUCCGUGCCGUAGACGUAUCCUCCUCUACCGGCGGCGCUUCUUUACGUCGUCGAUUCAUCGUCCAUCAACGUCUUUCAUUCACUGAUCUCCGUCGCUUGUUUUCUCAUCUUCUUCGUCAUCUUGGAUCCGGAUCCACCGGCAAUCAAACAUCUGCUCUGUCUCCAUCGCACAUUCCUCAACAGGCUCGUUCUUGCUUCCGUUGCAUCUGUUUCUUCAAGAUUCCACUUAAGGUAUAG